UGUGAAACUUCAUUGUACAACUUCUUCGCUUUACCACAUCGCGAAUACAUUGGACGCACAUAAUAUCACCGGCCAAUAUAGCAUUGACGCAGAUACCACCUCAUAUCUCAGCGGCGGUGAUGCAAUCACGAACCUCCAAGAAUGACAUCGUACAGUAUAGCACAGUACAUCCGGACACGCCAACUGAGACAUACAUUCUGAAAUACAUUCUGACAUACAUCCUGACAUACAUACGGAGAUCCUGAGUUAAGUGUGAAUUUGUAGGGUCAUCGCCCCCCCGCGACGGCAAUGAAAAAGCGAGCGCUGGGAGGCUCUAUCUAGUCUAGCUGGGGGGAUCUCAAGGACCCAAGUCCUCGUUCCCGAAGACGAACGCGCGCGCUCGGCCUCAACGCCGUCGACAAACUAAUGAGUGGGCAGAUGGGCAUAAACGCGCUAAGCUGCCUCGAUGAACUCGAUGGGCCACACAUACUGCCCAUCAUUGGACGCCUCAGGGUGAUGAUGUUCAGACUACAGGGGCUAUUCUCUGUUGGAUGGAUGGAGCAGGAACUGGGCAUCGCGAUGCAGAAAUCCGCUCUGUGUCUCUCCUCUCCACCACUGCCUUUUACACACCCCGUCUCACUUGUUCCACAACUCCCGAUCUCCUCUCCGUCCCUCCGUGCUCGCUUCCAUCUUACUCCAUCACCAAGUUUCCCCCACGCCCUCAGCUCCUAAAUUGAAGGGGAUGCAGCCGUGGUGAUAGUUCGUGACAGAGGCGCCGCGAAGGAGAUCUCCCUCACCACCCCCCAUUCUCCGUGCCAAUCCAACUGCGGCUGAAGCUCAUGGAGUCCACGUUUGGACACCGCCGGUGGGACGCUCCCUGAGCGUCGGGAAUGGCGUGCGGCGCUCAUAGGCCGAGCGCGGUGCAGCUGGACCCCAUCUAACCCGCUUUUGCAUUCCGCGGGGACCUCGGGAGGCUGCCUCGACGCGGGCCCCUUGGGACUGGUGGCACCAUGUGUGACCGACGCCAUUCUGCGGGCCCUUCCUUCGGGCUCAGGAGCUUGCUCAGACUUAUGUCAUCAGCAUAGCUAGAUGCUAUAUAACAAGCUCAUGGCUUGUCGGUGCUUCUGCCCUUAGUUUGCCAGCUCUAAGUCGACAUCGAUACUGCCAUGAUUCCGCGAGGUCCUGUCAGAUCCAAUCUUCUUCGACCUCCAGUUUUAUUGUUGGACGUGUGAGAGACACAAAGAACGAUGACGCCGCCAAAUAUUCUCAUCUAUCUCUUACGGAGGGACCUCCGCCUAGAAGAUAAUCCAGUCUUUCAUACUGCGGCUACUGAUGCCGCUAAAACAUAUACGCACCUCCUCCCCGUCUAUGCUUUCCCGGCGCAGCAGAUAGAAGUCUCUGGUUUCAUCCCAAAAGUCUCUGAGGAGAAGAGUCCGUAUCCCGAGGCACGAUCCAGCAUCAGCAAGUUCUGGAGAUGCGGGCCGCACCGGGCUAAAUUCAUAGCGGAGAGUGUUUGGGAGUUAAAGGAAACCCUUGGAAAUGUGGGCAGCGGACUCGAGGUAAGAGUUGGCAUGUUAAGCGAUGUUCUGAAAGAUCUCUUAGCAGGGUUCAAAUUUAAUGGGAAAGGGGUGAAUAUCGCUGCUGUGUGGAUGACUGCCGAAGAAGGCGUCGAGGAGAAACUUGACGAGAAAGAUUGCAAGACCAUUUGUGACGCGGCAGGUGUCGACUUCAAGUUGUGGAAGGAUGAGAAGUACUUCGUAGAUGACGAUGAUGUCCCGCUCAAAGACAUCAGUGAGCUUCCAGAUGUUUUCACCACCUACCGAAAGCUUGUUGAACCACUCCUCAAUGCGCCUCGGGCUCUCCUACCCACGCCGGCCAAAGGUACACUACCACCGUUACCUCCAAUGUCAAUAAUUCCGCCUCAAUCUCCACCAUUCGUUAUACCAAACUCUUACGAAGAUCUUGAAUCAUCUCUCCUCUCACCCAUAUCCCAAUCGCCUCUCCCCACAUUCCCACUGCGCCCAAGCUCCAUGCCACCAUCCCCCACCCUCCACGGCGGAUCCCAGGCCGCCAAAUCCCGACUCCUACACCUCCUCGAAUCCGGCGCCAUCACCACCUACAAAGACACGCGAAACGACCUUAUGGGCGCAGACUACAGCGUGCGCCUCUCUUCCUACCUCUCUCAAGGCUGCAUCACAGCACGUCAAAUACACGACUCCCUCGUCUCAUUCGAAUCUGGCGACUCCAACCUCCCCUCCUGCGCCUCCACUCCUGGCUUCGGCAAGGGCGAGACGGGCGGCACGUCAGCCAUCCGGUACGAACUCCUCUGGCGCGACUACAUGCGCCUCUGCACACGAAAAUACGGUGCACUCCUCUUCUCCAUCGGCGGCUUCCGCCGCGACUUCUCGCAACCAUGGACCACACCCUCGACUGAUCCCGCCAGCUCAGCAGCGCUCGCGCGCUUCCUCAACGGAACAACCGGUACAGGACUCAUCGACGCGAGCCAGCGCGAGCUAGCGCUAACGGGAUACACAUCCAGCCGCGCGCGGCAGAACGUCGCCAACUUCCUCGCGAAGCACCUCGAGCUUGACUGGCGCCUGGGCGCAGAGUGGUACGAGUACGCGCUCGAGGACUACGACGUCAGCAGCUGCUGGGGCAACUGGCAGUACGUGGCUGGUGUGGGAAAUGACCCGCGCGGCGACGGUCGCAGCUUUAAUCCUAUUAAGCAGUCGUGGGAUUAUGACCCGAAGGGGGAGUACUGUCGCGCUUGGAUCGUGGAGUUAGCGGGGGUGGGAGAGCAUAAUGGCGGGUUGGAGCUUAGUCUAGGGGAGUGCUUUCAGGCGUGGACGAUGUCGAAAGAGAGACAGGUGUGUUUGGGGAUUCAUGGUCUAGAGUGGGUGAGGACGCCCCUGAAACCGAUUGAGUUCACGGUUGAGCGGAAGCAGAAGGGGGCAAGACGAGCGGAUGGAGUAGAGGGGCAGGGUUAUAGGGGUGGGCGGGGUGUUGGGAGAGGAGGUCCGAUGGGCCCGCAGAGAGGACGUGACAGUGGGUAUGGUGGCGGUGGAGCGUAUGGUGGUGGUGGGCCAGCAUAUGGUGGGGGUGGACCGUAUGGCGGCGGUGGAGUGUACGGUGGUGGCGGCGGGUAUAGCGGUGGUGGUCCAUAUGUGGGUGGCUACAUUACUUAUAACACUCGCGGCGACUGGAACCCCCGCGGUAAUGAGCGUCCGAGAGGCCCUUCCCUUCGGGGGAGGGGAGGCAAUGGAGGCCGAUGGGGGCACGGUGUUACGAACCCCGUAUUAGAAGGGUAGCUGAGGCUCAUCCUAACGGAGGUGUUGCUGAUGCGGGAGUAUAUGGACAGUCUACCACGGCUUGACUUUGGGUGGGCGAUGCGUAGCUUGCCAAGCAUUGUUGUGUUUUUGCUGCUUUUGAUAAGGUUGGGGGGCUGCUACGGUAAUAAUGCAGGUCGUUGUUUGCAUUUAGAGGUUAGGAUGUUCCAUUUCGCCGCUAUUUACCUUUUACGGUUUCGAUUUACCCAGGUCGUUUAGGACAAAUCAUCCCAUAUAAUAAGAGUUAUAUAGGGUCUCGUAGUAGUUACCUUGAUAGACUAGCAAUUGCUCCAGAAGUGAUAAAAAUAAAAGAGGA